AUGCCUCCCAAGAAGAUGCAAACGGCCCCCAAGGUCCUCUGGGGUCGCCCUGGUAACAACUUGAAGACUGGUAUCGUCGGUCUUCCCAACGUUGGAAAGUCCACUUUCUUCAACGCUAUUACCAAGUCUGAGCUCGGUCAGGCUGCUAACUUCCCUUACGCUACCAUUGACCCUGAGGAGGCCCGUGUCGCUGUCUCUGAUGCGCGAUUCGACUGGUUGUGCCAGUUCUACAAGCCCAAGUCCCAAGUCCCCGCGUCCUUGACAGUCUUCGAUAUCGCCGGUUUGACCCGUGGUGCCUCCACCGGUGUCGGUCUCGGUAACGCUUUCUUGUCUCACGUCCGUGCUGUCGACGCUAUCUACCAGGUCGUCCGUGCUUUCGACGAUGCUGAGAUCACUCACGUCGAGGGUGAUGUCGACCCCAUUCGUGACUUGGACAUUAUUCACGAGGAGUUGCGUAUCAAGGAUGCCGAGUUCGUCAACAAGCAUCUCGAGGUCGUCAAGGCUUUCACCAAGCGUGGUGGACAGUCUCUUGAGAUGAAGGCGAAGAAGGAGGAGGAGGCUACCUUGGAGAGACUCUUGAAGUUGUUGACUGAGGAGAAGAAGGACACCCGCAAGGGUGAGUGGACUAACAAGGAGAUCGAGUUUAUCAACACUCUUCUCCUCCUUACCGCCAAGCCUGUCAUCUACCUCGUGAACUUGUCCGAGAAGGACUACCUCCGUCAGAAGAACAAGCACCUUGCCCGCAUUAAGGCCUGGGUUGAUGAGAACGCCCCUGGAGACCUUAUCAUCCCCUUCUCCGUUGCUUUCGAGGACCGUCUUACCCGUAUGACCCACGAAGAGGUCGUCGCUGAGUGCAAGGAGCUCAACACUAAGUCCAUGCUGCCCAAGAUCGUUGACGCCGGUCGUGCUGCUUUGAACUUGAUCAACUACUUCACCUGUGGUCCUGAUGAGGUUCGCUCAUGGACCAUCCGUGCCAACACCAAGGCUCCCCAGGCCGCUGGUGUCAUUCACACUGAUUUCGAGAAGAACUUUGUUGUUGGUGAGAUCUUCAAGUACGAUGACUUGAAGGAAUUGGGAUCUGAGGCUGAGGUUAAGGCGAAGGGCAAGUACAUGACUAAGGGUAAGGAGUACAUUGUGGAGAACGGUGACAUCUGUUUCUGGAAGGCCGGAAGGAAGUAA